UGGGGGAGGGAACAAUUUGACGUCACCGUGCCUAUUUAAAGCCGUGGCGCAGUCGCUUUCUCUUCCCGUCUCUCCAGCGCGCGUGUGUGUGCCGAGGAGUGUUUAAAAGGACCGCAGUAGUAUCCUCCAGCGAACGCCAUGGGCAAGGAGAAAGUCCACAUCAACAUUGUCGUGAUUGGUCAUGUAGAUUCUGGGAAGUCCACCACCACCGGGCACCUGAUCUACAAAUGUGGCGGAAUCGACAAGAGAACCAUCGAGAAGUUUGAGAAGGAAGCAGCCGAGAUGGGCAAAGGUUCUUUCAAGUAUGCCUGGGUGUUGGACAAGUUGAAGGCUGAACGUGAACGUGGCAUUACCAUUGACAUUUCUCUCUGGAAAUUUGAAACCAGCAAGUAUUACAUCACCAUCAUUGAUGCCCCUGGGCAUCGAGACUUCAUUAAGAACAUGAUUACAGGUACUUCACAGGCUGACUGUGCUGUACUGGUUGUUGCUGCUGGAGUAGGUGAGUUUGAGGCUGGCAUAUCCAAGAAUGGCCAGACACGGGAACAUGCCCUGCUGGCAUACACUCUGGGUGUGAAGCAACUCAUUGUUGGAAUAAAUAAGAUGGAUUCUACUGAACCACCAUACAGUCAAAAGAGAUACGAUGAGAUUGUCAAGGAAGUCACUACCUACAUCAAGAAAAUUGGUUACAACCCAGAUAGUGUGGCAUUUGUACCAAUCUCUGGCUGGCAUGGUGACAACAUGUUGGAUUCUAGUACUAAUAUGACAUGGUUCAAAGGCUGGAAGAUCAACCGUAAGGAAGGUAGUGCUAAUGGAGUUACUCUUCUGGAAGCUCUGGAUUCUAUUUUGCCACCUCAACGACCAACAGAGAAACCUCUUCGUCUCCCACUUCAAGAUGUCUACAAAAUUGGCGGUAUUGGUACUGUACCAGUGGGUCGUGUUGAAACUGGUCUUUUGAAGCCUGGAAUGAUAGUUACUUUUGCACCUGUUAAUGUCACAACAGAAGUGAAGUCUGUUGAAAUGCAUCACGAAGCCCUAUCUGAAGCUUUGCCUGGUGACAAUGUUGGCUUCAAUGUUAAAAAUGUCUCUGUAAAAGAUGUUCGUCGUGGCAAUGUUGCUGGAGACAGCAAGAAUGAUCCACCAGUGGAAGCUGACAAGUUCACUUCACAAGUAAUUAUCUUAAACCACCCAGGGCAAAUCUCUGCUGGCUAUUCUCCUGUUUUGGAUUGCCAUACUGCUCACAUUGCCUGCAAGUUUGCCGAGUUAAAGGAGAAGAUUGAUCGUAGGUCUGGGAAAAAAAUAGAAGAUAACCCCAAGUACCUGAAGUCUGGCGAUGCUGCCAUUGUUGAAAUGACUCCAGGCAAGCCCAUGUGUGUUGAGAGCUUCUCUGAAUAUCCACCCCUUGGCCGUUUUGCUGUCCGUGACAUGAGGCAAACUGUGGCUGUUGGCGUCAUCAAGAAUGUAGAGAAGAAGGUUACUGGUGCUGGCAAAGUCACCAAAUCUGCCCAGAAGGCUCAGAAAGGCAGAUGAAUGUUACAACAGUCAGCUGUCACUUCAGUCUCCUCAACUGGAGGCCCAGUUUUAGACCAGAUAAUCACAGUUUACCAUUUAAGCUCCAUAAUAAAAGACUGGUUAGAAAUCAAAAUGCAUCGUAAAUACUUCAGAAGGAAAGGAUUGUGGACCACAUUAAUUCCAUGUAGCAGUUCAAGUUAGUUUUAAAAGUGUACUUUUAAAGAGCAACCAAUGCCUUGACCAGCAAUUUGAUCAAUGAAAUUAAAAUUGUUAACCUGAGCAGAAUUUAUGGAAUUUUCCAAGAAUUUUUUUUGCAUUCUCUACAUCAGGCUUUACUUGAAAGUUUUUUAAAAGAGUAAGCAAUUUUGAAUAUCGGAUUGGUGCAGAAAGUUUGGUCAGGUACAUUAGUCUGCCUUCAAUUCAUUCCAUAUUUCUUGACAUCUAUUUUUAAAAAGAAAAAUCCAGAUAUCAAAGUUUGUUAACAAAGCAUUAAUCAUAAAAUUUUGGAUAUCAUUGCUAAAACUAAUGUUUCAGCUAUUAAAUUGCAUGGAAAAUGAAACUUGGAUAAAUGCAUUUUUGUGGGAUAAACAGCUUUGUUUUUUUUUACUAAACAUAAUGUGGACUGGUUGAUUUAAUCUUGCCAAAUUGGCUGAUUCCUUCAUUUUCAUAAUUAGAUGAUUGUUGGAAAAAGUGGAUGAUGCAGUUAGUGAAAUGACAGGAAGUACUGGAUUCAAGUACUAAAGCUGCCCAGUAAGUCGGUUUAAUGAAUGUUCUCCAGGUAUAAAAUCUAAUUUUGAAUUUCCCUAUAAUUGUCUAUAAUUAUUCCUUCCCUGUGCAAUAAUAUGUGCCCUAGCUGUUGCAUUAUUAGCUGAAUUUGGGGAAUUGAUUAUAUGAAACUUGCAACAUUGUUCACCCACCAACUGAAUUAUAUAAAAUGUUGAAAUGCUUUUCUAAUUUUGAAACGAGGGAAUGAAUCUACCGAAUUUGGUCUGCUCCUUACCAACACUGCAUAGUUGACCCAUUGCCACCUUAAGACAAUUAGGUUGUAUAGGGAAUACAGACACGGCCCAUUGUAUGAACACUUUGUUUAGUUUUAGCUAAAACUGUGCUUUAUAGUUGAUAAUUGUUACUGCAGUGUCAGUAUGAUGAUCUGUGAUUGACUGUUAGAACCUGUUUCCCUUUCUCUGCUGCCUGUCAUGCACAUUGUGUUGUGCCUGUUUGUGCAAAAGUUGAAAAGUAAUUUAAGGUUCAAUGUUUAAUUCUGUUUAUCAUUAAAAAUCAAAAUGAUAUUCAACAGUCA